GAACACAUCGGACUUACUGCUGUAGAACAUCACAAAACCCAGCAGAACUAGGAGGUGGAAGAACCUGAAGAAUCUUAAAGAACUCAGCAGGAUCUGGUAGACUGGAGCAGAAGAGGAAGAAACUGGGAUGUCCAUAAACCCUGCAGGAACAUCUUAGGGAACCUGAGAAGAACGUGAACCUGAGUGGACUCAGCAAUGUCUUCAACCUGACGGGACGUUCUGGAUUUUUCUGUUUCUCUGUGAAAAGAUUUUUCCAUCCCUCUCCCCCCUCCCACAGCUCCAUCAUGCCUAUCCUCAAGAACCUUCCUGUUCGCCUGAAAGGCGGUGGUCCAACUCUAGACAACGCCCUGUUCAUCCGUAGGAUGAGUCUCAACAUCACGCCCCACCACAAUCCCUUUGAACACGAUGAUGACAAUAUCCAUGGCAACAGUGGCCAUGGAAACCACUGGUCACCCGGAAACUCACUGUUGGAUGGUGAUGUGCCAAGGGACCGCAACCCAUUUGAGGAUGAGGAGGAUGAGAACGAGGCCAACGAGGGAAAAAAAGGAAAUGGUGGAGGAGGGUCGGCAAAGGGUUCUUUCAAGUUUAUGUCACCGCUGAAGAGUCUCGGAAAGCUUGGAAAGAACCUGAGAAUGUCAGGGAAAAGCAAAGUGGCUGAGACACCCUCCCCACAGGGGUCGCUGCAAGGAACGCCUUCACCUUCACAGAAGAAGAAAAGAGGCAGGAGGAGCUCUGAAGGCAGUCUGCUCAGAUUUGCAGGAAAAUAUCGUGACUCUCUGAGCCCCCGUAAGGAGUCCAUCACCAACGGGGACCUCAACUGCUCCGAGAGCGACUGUGACUCUAUCAGCCGACGCCUGACCUUCAUGAAAAAGGUGGGCCUGGGGAAGCUGAAGAAGGAAUCUAUGACCGACUGCCCCGAGGACCAGCCGGUCCAAGAGGAGGUGGUGGAAGAGGUCAAACCCAGAGAGCCUCUGUCAGUCCUGGAGAUCCUGCAGCUGGUGAAGAAGCGUGACCUUUUCCUGGCUGACACCCACAUUCUGGAGCUGGAGCAGGAGUGUACUCAGUCCGCCGCUGCCGACCCUGAGGACUCCACAAGCCCCAGCGUCAAAGAUGGUGGCCGGAGGAAGGCGAAGGAUGUGGAGUUGCUGUAUGAGGAGCUGCAGAAGGAGCUGUGGGCCGUGGUCAGGGAGUCUCUGCGGUCUCCAACGGCUGGGCCCAAUCUGGGCCUGGUGGUUCAGGUCCUGGAGCAGGAGGAGGAAGUUGACAAGAACCGGGCUGUCAGUGAGGGAGCGGCUCCCGGGGGCCCGAGGCCUCGCCACCUGAAGCAGAGGUGGAGGGAGGCGGUGGAGGAGGCAGCUGACAGCUCGCUGCCUCAGAGAGCUGAGUUCACAGCGGGAGACUUGGACAAGUACCUGGACCGGAUCCGAGCCCGGGUGGUGGAGGACCUGGGGGCCGCUAAGAGGAAUGCCGUGUCCAUUUACCCCGAAGAGUUCCAGGCUUUCCAGGUGUAUGUGGAGAGUUACCACCAGGCGGUCGCCAGUCGCCUGAAGGCCAUCACCGACAGCCAGCUGGAGAUGACGGACAUCUACUCUCUGCUGGACUGGCUGCACAACAUCUACAGCAGAGACGUUCUGGGGACGGUGUGCAUCACAAGUCCGUUCAGCCGCUCUCAGCUCAGCUCUUUGCUGCCUUCAGAGACCGUAGACAGACUGGAGCUGGACUGCCUCAACUCUGUCCGGGCUAAGGUGACCACUGAGCUGAGUCAGGUUCUGGAAGAGGAGGAGAAGAAGUGGAUGGAGACAUUGCAUAUCGAAGAAUACCAGAUCACUCUGGCCAAAACCGUCAUCCAGAGGUUGCAGGUUGAUCUGGAGCGGUCGGCCUCCAUCAACAGACGUUUGGGCUCCAGGGUGGCUCAGUGCAGCCUGAACGGAUUGGCUGACUUCCUGUACAGCUUCCAGCGUAAAGUGGAGAUGUUCCAUGAAGGGAUGCAGAGCGGCAUGUUUGGAGACAAUGAUGAUGGAUACGUGUCCAAAACCAUCGCCAUGGUGAACUGCUGCCCUCCUUUCAGAGGCUUCGUGCAGCGCUGUGCACAGUGUGACCCGUCAGUCAGCGGGGACUCUCUGCGGCGAGCCAACAAGUCUCUGGAUCACAUCGUUCAGCAUGGAGUCAGAGUUCUGUCCGAGCGGCUCUACCUGCACAUCAGGCUCUUCUUUGAGCGUCUGGUGAAGAGGAAGUGGCUGACCAACACGGAGCCUUAUGAGCAGAUUGAAGCUCUCAUCAAGGAAGACUUUAAGAAGUAUCGCAGGAUGGACAAUCCUCCUUAUCAGCUGCUGGUGGCUGAAGUCCACCGCAGGGUGGUGAUGGAGUACCUCCGCUCGAUAAUGAGGGGCAGGAUCAUCUGCACCUCCAUGAAGAUGAGGAAGAGGAUGGCUGGCCGACUACGAGACGAAGGCAAACAGAUCAAAGUCCUCUUUAAAGACCUGGAGUCUCCAUUCAGCUGGUUGGACAGCGCUCUGUCUCACAUUUCAGAGAUCAUCCAGCUGGAGGACGUCCCGUCCAUCCAGAUGGAGGUGGGAAUUCUGGUCAGAGAGUUUCCAGAUGUCAGGAAGAAGCACGUGUCGGCCAUCCUGAACAUCCGCGGGAUGACUCGGCAGGCAGAGCGUCAGGAGAUCCUCAACAUCGUCAAAGACAUCGAGAACUGCGACACCGGUCCGAGCCCUCUGUCCCGGGACCGAGCCCUGUUCUCCGAGGUUCCGGUCACCUCUGAGGUCCACUGUCUGAACGUGGGUCUAAGCCGGAUCGCUCUCACUGCCUCGUCCUGCGUCAGCGCGCUGAGACCCAGACGACGGAAAACCAGAACGCCUGCUCAGGAAAACCCAGAGGAAGUUCUCUAAAUAGGUCUGAAAUUAGAUCCGGCAGAACUUUUUCACUUUUAUUAUUAAACUAACUAAGGUUCGUUCAGAUGGUCCUAACCAGAACUCUGACCGCCUGGAAUUAAAGCUGCUCCCAGCCUGAUCGGACUCUGGUCUUGUUCUGGUUCUGACUGACAUGGAAACACAGGUUGUAGUUUAGCAGUUUGGAGUUUCCUUCCGUGCCUGUCCCGUUAGGAGGGAUUCACUUUAGAUUGUUCUGAAUGUUGCUGGAGGUUUCCUCACCUCCUGCUUGUUUAUGGAGACUUUCUGUUUUCCCAAACCCUUGGAAGUUCUACUGACCCAACAGGACAGAUGACAGAACUUCCUGUCUGCAAAGUGUUCCAUUAAUUUGGAGACAAGCUUCAGAGGACCUCCCUGAUGACGAUGAUUAACGUCGAUGAAACGAUGAACAAGUGGACAAAUCAUGUGACCUUACAGGAACCAAACUGGACAUGGUUUGGUUCUGGUUAAAGAUGAAGCUGAUGAUCAUCUUCCUAUAUUAAACUGGAAACCAGUGAUCAGUUUUGGGUUGAACUGUAAACCAGAAUAAGGCGUAGUUUUAACACACUGGUCCACCUGAUCCGGGCUCCGAUUGGAUCCGUUUUCCUGCAGGACGUCUAGACGUUAAACUAAAAAAAGAGCACUUUAUCUACGAUCAGAAAAAGGAGAGCAGUUCUCUGUGGGCUCCUCAUUGGACCAGAACUGAAUGUAACGGUUCGGCUCAGAUCAGGAGGUCUGGUUAAGGUGGACUGAGAACCUAUCAUCUGGGAAUCUGACGGACAGAUUCCGGAUUUGCUUCCAUAGUUCCAGUAAAACUGUUUUCUAUCAAAGUAAAAAGAUAAAACCUCAGAGUUCUGAGUCAGCAGAGGCCAGAGAAGAUCGGGCUUCUGAUCGGGCUGACUUUAGGGAACACGGUGCUUUGAGCUCACCAGCGGACCUGAGUUUGUCAGAUGUAAUCACCUGAGGGAAAUAUUCCCAUUGACUCCAGAACAGCUUGAUGUCUGGAUCCAGUUCAAAUAUUCCAGUAUUAAAGCCAUAAUGAGUUAAUGAAUGAGAAAGAUUAUGAUAUGACCCUCUGUGGGAAUUUCCUGACGAAUAAAUGAAAACCUUCUGAGUCUGACAGGUCAGAACUUCCUGAAGGAAAAUGUUCUCCCAGGUUUAGUCUUGGAAAUGACAUCUUUAUGGUGACGAGCCAGAAACAUGGAGAAUCUGAGCUUCCAGAACAGAAAGUCCAGUUCCAGACCUCCCAUUUAUUCAUCAUAUGCAACAGACCUGAAGCUGAAAACCUGUCCCACCAAACCUGACCAAUCAGGGCACUGGAAAACAAACUAACUGGCUAUCAUUAGUCCCACAUCAUAUCCAGGAAUGCCUUUCCCAUUCUCAUUAGGCUUAGUUUCUAUGACCUUUUUAUAUUUGCAAAACAAUAAAAAAAAUGUUUUAUUAACAACAUCAUAUCAUAAUCCAGAGGUCUUCAGUAUCAUUUCUCAUUAUUGAUAAUUGAUAUUAGAACCUCUGCUGGCCGCCCUGAGUUUUGUCCCUUUCACUGCACCGUAUAUUCAGAGGAAACGUUUAGAUGAUGAUCCCAGGAUACAUUCAUACAUACACGAGGAAAGAAAAUAAAAAGUUGAAUUUAAUCAAAGGUACUUGAUGUUGAGUUUCUGUAUUUAAAGCAUUGAUUCUGGUGUUGAGGCUUCUGGGUGUGAUGAUCAAAUGUUUUAUGUAUUCUUCUGUUUGAUGACAUAACUUCUAUUUUACUGCAGAUCUUCUGACAACUCGUGUUUAGAUGUAGAGAAAUGAAAAGAAACGGAAAUCUAACAUUUCUUUAGAUGAUUGGAGAUUUACAUCUUUUUACUGCUGAUCUCAGACAUUAUAUUCAAAGUUUUGUGUUUUAGAAACUGAACAUCAAGAAAGUUUUUUUCAUCUGAAUUCAGAUUAGAGUCAAAUUUCUGUUCUGCUGUUUAUUAGGUUGUUUUAAAUGUGGACGUUUGGAAUAAAUCAUUUGUCCAGAAAUAAGAUUAACAUGACAAUAAAAUCUGAUUUAAUCAU